UGUGGUGAAUUCCGCUCUAAUGCGGCUUGGCAUUUGGUACCCGAAUGGUAAGGUACCGUGGUUUGCUGCCAUACGUACGGUCUACCAUUGGGCAGUUUUGUAAUUCAAAGCUUUACUAGAGCCUAUGGAUGUGUUGGGUAGCUAAUGGCAUUAAAUUUGAGCUCCUAAAAAUCGUAAAAAUACAAAAUCUUGUGGAUUUCUAUAGAUGGUGAAGCCCAUAGUAUGCAAGAUUCCCCGCAUAAUAUAUCCUCAGAUUUCGUUGCUGAUGACGUUGUCUGCAGUGCAAAAUGCAAAAUGUUACUGUCAAUGUCAUACAAAUUUCUGACUAAAACAAAAUCCCUGACAGCGUCAUGUACUCAUGCAAUUUUGAUAAUCAGUAUCAAAAAUCCUGACUGAAACGAAAUCCUGUCAGCGUCACGAGCUCUACUAUGAUGAGCAGAAGUGAGACUAAAACAGUUGUUGCGACCAUCACACGCUUGAUGACAUUUUGUGCAACCAGUCAUGGAAGAUAAGCCGUGCGUUCGUGUGGUCCCAAGCAACAUAAUGAGCAUGCGUUUUUGCACAAAUGUUUUAUCAUUCUACCCCCAACAGAUCAUCAAAACACACAGAGCGAGCAAUCAUGCUCAUUUUGUUGCUUGGAAGCACUCGCCAAGAAUGUUCCAAGAAUGUCGUGAUUAUCAUAAAGAAAAAAUGUCAUCAAGCAUGUGAUUGGCCUCAACAACUGUUUGAUUCUCACCUCUGAUCAUCACAGUUGAGAACAUGACGCUGACAUUCACUUUGCUUCAGUCGAGAUUUUUUAUAAUUAGUUUAAUGACAUUUUCGGCACUGUUUUAAGCUAUUUUGAGAUGCGACUAAGAAAUAGUCAGGAAAGUAUCGCCAUAUCAUGAGUACCCCUGAUAAACUCAGGGAUGCAUGCAAUGGGAAGUUUUUUUGCGAUCAUUUAAAUGACAGGAUGCAUAAUAACUUAACUGUACAUGAAAUCUCAUGACUAUCCAAUCUCAUCCAAUUAUGUGUUGAGUCAGAUCUAGUUAACUGACUGUAGCUAUAUGUAGCAUGUACGUGUUUCAAUGGUACAACGAUAAUGGAAUCAAACUUUGACCAGUUAUGUUACGCUAGUUACGAAGCUUAUUUUAUGCGUGCUCAUCACUGUGUGAUCAGAGGUUCGAGCGUUAUCGCUGUUAUCCUUUAAUCUAGUUUUAUAAAUUCGCUCGGGUGGGAUUAUCAGUAAUCUAUGGUGCAAACACCAGAUAACGAUAUUCUACGAAUUUUAGAUACAUUUUGUAACCUAAUCAGCCAAAGACGGUCGAAAGAAGCGUUAAGUUUCAUACCAACCGUUGAAGUGUACACACCUAGUUUGUGAACGUGAAUGAGCAAUUGCUAUUCAAGUGUUACUAAGGACUGAAUUCUUGAAAUGAUUGUCAAUUUCUCAAUUUUUCGUGUGCAAGUAAAACUGUAGUUCUGUGUAAACAUGGAAAAACAAUGCGUGAUAUGAAUGAUUGACGAAUGAACCAGAAUUGAUGUGUGAAGAGUGAGUUCUUAUUUGUGAGUGAAGUUUUCCUAGAUUUUUGAUUCGAUAACGUUGAUAAAACCAUCCCAAACAGCACUGUGAUAAAGUACAAAACAAUCCAAUGGAAACAUCUGUACAACUGGUUCUACAAAAUUUCAACAAGUCAGCUUUCAUCACGUUUUUUUGAGGACCAAGGUCUCGCGGAAAUUUUACCGAGGCUAUCAUUUUGAUAGUUUUAGGAAGCUACUCAUCUUUAUCAAAGCAACGAAAUAUGGCCCCUACCAAUGACAAAAGAUCCCCCUUACAAGGCGCCGUUUACCACAUUCGAUUGACGAUUAUCAUUCUUUUCCGGGCAUUCGCAUUGCACCGCCAAGGAAAGUUGCCCCAAUUUGAGUUGAAGAUGGAGGUUCCAGAUGCAGGAAAGUUCGACGACCUGGUGUUUCGCUACACAUCGCCAACGAUACCGGAAGGUACUGUCUACAUACAAGCUAAACAUAAAUAUCCAUCCGAAAAGCCAACGAAAUCGAAAAAAAUACAUCCAAACCAUCCGUACACGCCAACUCGAAAAGAGCGACCAGCCAUUACGGAAGGAACGCUGCUCACGAAAUGGAACUCCAAUGGGCCAUUUUCAAUCGCUAAGUACUUCAUUUCGUACCUGGAAGGAUAUGAAAGAUCGAGCACAGGUUCGCAUACAUACCUGCUGUGCACUAAUGCAACGAUUGACAACAAAUUGAAACAAAAAUUAACAUUACGGCCACAGGACAGCAGCGAGAUACUUUCCUUUUGCGACGCCAUAGGAGCAACGUGUUACAGCUUCAGCUCUGAGGAACAAUUUCAUGCUCUGACUGAUGCAUUACGGCAAGCAAGUAUAGAAAAGCUAGGACAGAUGCUCGUACUACAUGUUCGUUACAACACAGAAAUUAAAUCGAAUUAUUCUUCGUUAAACGCAUUCGUCGAUCUGAUUUCUGUGUGUGUCGAGGAACUAGAAGGAGGCACAGGGAAGUUUAAACUAAGCCAACGAUUACUAACUGCAUGUGAAUCAUCAAUCUUGGGGAAGUUGCGAGCUGUUCUUAAGAGUGAAUAUGAUAGGCUUAUAAGAGCGAAGCAGUGUGACGAUAGUUGCGUGAACUGGGAAGAGAUGCAAUUCAUGAUCGAUAAGUCCUUCUUUCAAACAAAGGCUCCACCGACUUCCACGCACGACGAAUCAUUUUUCUACGAUCAAGUGAAUCGUGUUAUACAGAAAUUUUACAAAGAGUUUAUGCUUGUUUGUGGAUCCUUGAACGGGGACCAGCUACACAACAGUGUUCUAGAAAUAAUGCCACACUGGGUCGACGAUAGAAAGACAGCGCAUAACAUUAUGUUCAUGCGACUGUUUGAUUCGAUGAGCUUGUCCCAACCUAUUUCUAUGGAUUUGAACUAUUUGAAACAACAGUUUAUCAGUAUGAAAGUGAAUUAUAACCUUUCUAGAUUCCAAAUUGAAUCACAGUGUAACCUUAGUCGAUGGCAAUAUAUGUAUCGAUACAUUGUGGUUCGAUCAGAUCGACUUCAACACACUGAACUGUACGAGUUUCUCAGCGAUGAGUCCGCUUAUGAACGUUACCAAUAUUAUACCACAUUGGAUAUCAUAGUGUAUUCCCUUGUUGCAUCCCAGACCGUUGCAUUGCUUCAAUGCAAUGCACUAUUCAUACACUAUGCAGCGAGUGAUUUUGAGGAAGAUAUACGUGAUGUACUCCGUGGUUUAUUUGAGUUCAUUGCAGAAGUAGAUCCCAUCUCUUACACCAUUAUAAUGACCAUUGAUCGGUCGAAGAAAUCGAUACUGCCAGAAAUUCAAAGAUAUGCCAAAGAAUAUAAGAUAAAGUUUAUAGUAAUCGAAGAAGUACUUAAAGCACGCUCAGAUGAAGAAUGUUUUUACGUACGUGAUCUAACCGAAAAGGCAAGACAAAAGCUGUACGCAAAAUAUUGCACAACAACAUUGAAUCUUUUCGGAACCACGAUAUCGCUGAAUGGUAUUGUAAAUGAUGAUGAUGGCUUAAGCUUCGUGUGUAAGUUCUUGUACAAUUAUUAUGAACUAGAUCACAUUAAAUAUAUUGAAUCGAAGGAACAGAACUUUGAAGCAAUCAAGCCAAGGUAUAUUUCGCGCACCGUUGAUCCAUAUGUUGGAGAAAAUGCAAAAGAUUUAAAAGAAGAGGGGAAAAGCUUUGGUUACUAUUAUAUGGUCGAAUUUCAAAAAAUAUUCCUUGACAAUAUCCGGUUCAAGAGUGAUGAGUUUUCUCAAAUGGUCGCAUCGGUUUCAUUCGCAAAUGAUGAUGUACAAUAUGCGAUUCCUGAUGUUUUCAAGCAGCACGAUGAAACGAAAGUACAUCUUUUACUUGAUGAAGCUGGAGUAGGAAAGUCAACAUAUUUCACAUGGCUUACAUAUGCUUUAUCGAUCGAUGAUCCUUCACUGUAUGUUAUUCAAAUGAAUGCUUCACAGUAUUGCACCGAUUACAAAAGAUGGCAAAAAUCUGACAUUAAGUUGCUUGAUGAUAUCGCCAUCGUUCGAUUUCUUUACCGUUUGAUCCACCUUACCCAUUUUGUUCCUAACGUUUAUAGCUUUUCGAUUGAAUCAACGGAUGUGUUCCGCGACCAAGCUGAUCAUGCUGCAGAGCUAUUGACGAUAGUCAACGGAACACUUCCAAUACAUGUAAAUACAUGUAAAACAAAAACGUUAGAAUUAACAUUCGCACAGUUGAUCGAGCUGAAGGUUUUCCAGCAGAAGUUCAACCAAAACCAACUGAUUAUCUUAUUCGAUGGGCUUGACGAGACUGCUCCUUUCUAUAAAGAGUUCGUAGUACAAUUCUUUGGAAGACUUGCAAGAUUGGAAGGUAUUCGAGCUCUGUUCAUCUCAACUAGACCGUACGACUACAUGGAACAGUUAAAAAGUACAUUUUCUAACUGCAGAAUGCAUUAUCUCAAGCUUUUAUCACAGCACGAUCAGCUGCAAUUUGUUCACAAUUAUUUGAUGCAUGAACUAGAAGGUUAUAAACAAUGCGACGUGAGUAAGCGGGAUAAGGUUUUAGGUUACCUUUAUUACGUGAUAGUAGAAUAUUUAGGAAAUUUGAAGCGUAUACCUUUAUUUCUUAAUAUGGCAUGCAUUAUAAAUCUACCAAUAGCACAAAAAAACAUGGACUUAAGGCGCCGUACUAUUCCAAAAGCGAUGUUUUAUAAAGCAAAUGUAGAUCUUUUAACACUUAUCGAAAAUUUCAUCAAUCAAAAACUAAGAAUUUUAUGCAGUCACAAAAAUGGAUUACCGGAAUACAUCUUAGACUACCCUCACCAAAAGGCAAUAAACGAUAAGUUUUGGGAUCAAAUUAAAAAACGACACAUUUUAUUAGCUAUGCAGGUGAUGUUUGACCAAAAGCAAAGAGGGGUACUGUUGACAUCAAAUGAAAACAUCCAAAUAAAUAACUUCAUAAAAGAAGUACGUGAGGGCAUUGAAAAAACAGGAAUCAUUACACAAAUCCAUGAUGAAAUUCCUCAGUUUACUCAUCGAAUAUUUGCUGAAUACUUUGCAGCUUGUUGGAUGAACGAUAACAAGAAUCGUAUGAGAAACGAGAGUUUCUUCCAUUCGUGGUCAUAUUGGAAUGGUCAACUGCAUCAAAUGCGUGACUUGUUCAAUCGAAUCAUUCUAAGAGAAAGCAAAGAAAAUAAUCUUCACAUGGCUGUUGUAAAUCAAUUACUUGGUCUAGUUCGCGAGAUACUGACAAAUAAUCCAUCAGCUGCAUUGGUGAAAGAUGCUGUGGGUCGAUUGCCGCUUCACUUGGCAGUUACGUACCCAUCAUUGGAAAUAGUAAACUUGUUGCUCGAUAAGAUGUCUGUUCAGUCCAUUAACACAACAGAUGGUCUGUUUGGAUGGAGUGCCUUGGAUUACGCAUUCGCCGAACGAUACAAAGAUAUAGUUCCAAGAGUAUUAUCAACUGGAGCGACAGUCAACGAACAUAUACUUCUUCAACAGAUACAUUCAAACAACUUGUAUCAAUUGUUGUAUGGGCUACAUCAUUACGGAAAAUGGCUUCAGUCAAACGAAAGCUCCAAACCAAUUGCAAAUCGUCUUUACAUUCGUGUUGUCGAUUAUUUUCCCAAUGAACAGCACAUUGACAUCUUUUCUCGUCACGAAGAAUUAGAUUCUAAAACAGUGCUUGAGUUUUGCAUAGCUGAAGAUUUCCUGGAAGUAUUCAAACAAUUUGUAUUGCAAAUCAACGAUCCUGCUAAGAUUUCUGAGCAAGAGUUUAAUCACUUCUUCAAGCUAGCAUUCGAAAACAAUGCUCACAAAAUAAUAGUUCAUUUUAUCGAAGAUCUCGACAUUCCUCUAACCCAAAUAAACAACAUCGCUGGGCUUAUUUCUGCUCUCAAAUAUACCAUACAAAACAACAAGCUUAUCUCAUUCAAAGCCAUCUUUCAGCAACUCUGUGUCCAUCAAAACAUUCCUAUGAACGAGGAAGCUGAUAUUCCUGACGACUAUUGUGCUCCAAUCAUUCCACCACUGAACGGGGAUCUUUCUCCUGAGGUAUGUUGUGUACUGUCCUCUAGCAACGUUCGAAUACCGUUUCCUGAAUAUGAUGCAAAAGAUAUCCUGCAUGAUGGAUACGUUCUCGAAGCUGCUCUGGCUUAUUCAGUUCACGAAGGAAACGUCCCCAUGCUCAGAUACAUUCAUCUCAAGACCAAUAUGACCAUCACCAACAGACUCAUCGCAAUGAUCAUGAGAUUACUUCCGAAAGGUACAAACGUUUUUCACAAGAAAUCGAUGCCUGCAUUCAUGUAUCUUCUUGAUCAUACAACAGAUCUGGGCAGUGUAGAUGAUGAGGGUCGAAAUCUGCUCCACAUGACUGCUCAAAAUGGUUGUUUCCUCAUGAUGCAUUGUUUGACUUCCAAUGGGUGCAACUUAGCUAAUGUAAACGCAUCAAAUGGCUGGAAUGUGUUUCAUUACAUUGUUUUGAAUGAGGAAGAGAAUCGCUCUGGUAAAACCUUGGAGUAUUUGUUAAAACAUGGCAACAUGAUUUGGUUCGAUUUGUUGGAUAACAUGCUACACAGGAACGAAUGUGAGAUGACUGAGAACUACUCCAUUCAAAUUGAUGGAGCUCAAGACACAACCAAUACGUUCCGGUUAACCAAAAACCAAUACGGCUUGCUGGCAUGGAUGUUUUUGCUUGACAAACAAAAUGCAGCCAAGGUGUUGAAUAAUUUAGAAAAACAGGAAGCAUUGGAAUGUAUGAAACUCAUAGUUGAGAGCAAUGAAAAGACUAUGUUCAUCAAAGAAGUUCGAAAUGACAUUCCUCAGUUUACUCAUCGAAUACUUGCUGAGUACUUCGCGGCUUGCUGGAUGAACGAUAACAAGAACCGCAUGAGAAACGAGAGUUUCUUCCAUUCGUGGGCAUAUUGGAAUGGUGAAUUGUAUCAAAUGCGUGACUUAUUCAAUCGAAUCAUUUUUAGACAAAGCAAAGAAAAUGAUCUUCACAUGGCUGUUGUAAAUCGAUCAGAUGAUCUAGUAGACGAGAUACUGACAAAUAAUCCAUCAGCUGCAUUGGUGAAAGAUGCUGUGGCUCGUUUACCGCUUCACUUGGCAGUUACGUACCCAUAUUUAGAAAUAGUAAACUUGUUGCUCGAUACGAUGUCUAUUAAGUCCAUUAACACAACAGACCAUCUGUUUGGAUGGAGUGCCUUGGAUUACGCAUUCGCCGAACGAUACGAGAAUACAGUCCCAAGAGUUUUAUCAACUGGAGCGACAGUCAACGAACAGAUACUUCUUCAACAGAUUCUUUCUAACAACUUGCGUCAUAUCUUGACUGGCAUUGGGUAUUAUGGAGAAUAUCUUCAAUCAACCGAAAGCUCCAAACCUAUUUCAAAUCGUCUUAACAUUCGUGUUGUCGAUUAUUUACUCAACGAACAGCACAUUGACAUCUUUUCUCGUCACGAAGAAUUAGAUUCUAAAACAGUGCUUGAGUUUUGCAUAGCUGAAGAUUUCCUGAAAGUAUUCAAACAAUUUGUAUUGCAAAUCAACGAUCCUUCUAGGAUUUCUGAGCAAGAGUUUACUCGCUUCUUCAAGAUAGCAUUCGAAAACAAUGCUCACAAAAUAAUAGUUCAUUUUAUCGAAGAUCGUGGUAUUCCUCUACCUCAAAUGAACAACAUCGCUGGACUUAUUUCUGCUCUCAAAUAUACCAUACAAAACAACAAGCUUAUCUCAUUCAAAGCCGUUUUUCAACAGAUUUGCAUGCAAGAAAACAUUCCUAUGAACGAGAAAGCUGAUAUUCCUGGCGACUAUUGUCCAAUCAUUCCACCACUGAACGACAAUAUUUCUCCUGAGGUAUGUUGUGUACUCUCAUCUAGCAACGUUCGAUUACCGUUGCCUGAAUAUGAUGCAAAAAAUAUCCUGCAUGAUGGAUACAUUCUCGAAGCUGCUCUGGCUUAUUCAGUUCAUGAAGGAAACGUCUCUAUGCUCAGAUACAUUCAUCUCAAGACCAAUAUGACCAUCACCAACAGACUCAUCGCAAUGAUCAUGAGAUUACUUCCGAAAGGUAAAAACGUUUGUCACAAGAAGUCGAUGCCUGCAUUCAUGUAUCUUCUCGAUCAUACAACAGAUCUGGACAGUGUAGAUGAUGAGGGUCGAAAUCUGCUUCACAUGACUGCUCAAAAUUUCUGUUUCUUCAUGCGGCAAUGUUUGAUUGCUAGAGGAUUUGAUAUUGGGUCUUUGACCAUCCGAAUGACCACCAUUAAAGAUAAUUUGCCUGAGAAUCAAUCUGACGAGUAAAGCGAUUACUAAUGAGUUUGGCAAAUUCUGAAGUGUUAUUUUUGUUUUCGAAAACUGGAAAAUCUGAUUUUAUUCAUUGAUUUCUUGUUACGUUUGGCAGAAUAGAACGGUCUUAUAAUUUGCGUCUUAUUCGUCUUCUUAUUGCGUCAUAAGAACGUGUCAAGCAGCUUGCAAUUCUGUUGGUUUCGUAGAGAAUUGAGUUCUGAAUCAUCAACUGAUGAUCUUUAUCGACCUUUUUAUGUUAGUAGUACGCUUUUAUUUUAUCCAUUAAUUGAAAUACGAAACAAAUGCAUUCGAAUGGACGUUUAAUAAUUGUUACCAAAUGUAUUUCCGUUCUUAAAAAUGACAUUUUGCUUACUACCAGCAGUUAAUUGGUAAUAAGUUCUUACACGUGAUAGUGAACAUAGACCACGAAAGCCCUUAGCUUAACAAAAAUAGCUAAAGAAUAUG